AAGUUAGUUGCUGGAGUCCAUUCGUUGUUGUGUACAUCGUUGAUAACAUUGUGAAUUAAACUUGUUUUUAGUUCGUUUGUGUUCGUUAGAGUGGUUUAAAAUUAUUUUGGAUUAUCCUUUGGAAAUUUGAUGAGGAAUUAACCAAAUCAGUUCUCAAGUGACGAGCGGCACUUACUACAUUCACGUAGCAGUUAGCAGUCCAUCUACGUUUUGAACGAUGCUGAGGCAGCCGUGCUGAUGACAUGGACGUUGCUGAGCAGACAUGAUGGCUCGUCUGCUGGACGAUGUUGCCCCCGUCAGUGGAGGCAACUCAGUCCCCACCGCAGUAGACGGGGACGCGGGGGCUGUAGAGUGUAAACAACCUGCUCGUAAACUCAGCUUCAAAACACGCCAGGCAGCUGCUCGCAGCAACUACAGGACCGCUAAGGUUUCCCUGUCUUCGACCAAUGUUGCACUGUUGGCCUCAAAGUUCAACACCAUCGUGAUCGAGGACGGAGUUCAAGGAAGAGCUUUGCUAAGGAAACUGAGUACUAACCAACGUAAGCCUUCAGUCAACAAGGAAACGAAGAGACCUGUGAAGGUGAAGGCAGAAGGAAUGGUCAAAGCAGCCAUCGAGAUCUUCGAGCACCAAGAAGAACUUUCAAGUAAAUCUAUGCCUAGGAAGGGAAACGACUCAAGACCUAAGCUUGUCGUUGUGAGAAAAACAAGCAAACAUUCCACUAAGCAGGAAGAACACCCGAAACCAACUGUUUUUAGAGAAUCAGCUGUAGUUGAAGAAGCCAAAGAAAGAAAGGAUCUCAAAAUUGAGGCUGUCGCUAACACAACAGAGAGGAAGGAGGUUAGAAGAAAACCAAGCUUGAAAGCAAAGCCUGUGUUGAGAGAUAGUGUGACUAAUAGACGACCUUCCAAAUCUCUAAAUCAAAGAAUAGCAAGGUUUAAUAGUACGGAAGAUGUUGCAAAUAAUCCUAAUGAAACAGUACAAAACAAAGAGGCAAGGAAACCUAAAUUUGACAUGAAUGAGAGAAUCGCUCAAUUCAGCAGAACUGAAAGUAGUAAAUCAAUAACAACUGGUGAUAAAAGUAUACUGAAACGCAAAGAGAGUAAUGAAGACACCAGGAAAUCGGUGACUUUUGAAGUUGAUGAAAAAGAAAACAAACAAGAAGUAACUAAAUCAUUAUUAAGAAACAGUUUAAAUAAGCAAGCGAGUUUAGUCGAGCAAACUAAAAAUAGGCUGGCAUCUAUAAUUCAACAAAAUAAUGACACCAAUCAACAGACCAGGCCUAAAUCUAUAAUAAGAUGUGUAAAUAAAGAAGUCAUCAACAAGUACAAAUCAAUCUUAGAGGAAAAUAAAGACCAACAAGUUUUUCAGAGCAUGCCUGAUAUUGUGAGAUCUGUUGAAGGUAAAGACGAAGGGAACAACAAAAAACUCUCAUUUCCUAAAGAUGCUACAAUCUUGGAGAAUGUUUUUGUAAAUAAUAAUAUUAAUGUAAAUAGUGUAAGGGAUUGUAGUGAUAAUAUCUGUGAGUUUUCAGCCAAAGCCAACGUAACUUUAAGCCCAGACCACUCUGAUUGUUUAACUAUUAUACAAACUGGCAAAGACACAACUGAUUCUGAAACAAUUCAAUCUUCGCCGUCCAAAAAUUUAAAAGCAUCCAUGAUACCAAUUACAUCUGAAAGUCCUAAACUUGAAAAGAAGUCUCUAUGCGUUGCAACAGACCCUGUUGAAUCCAUUCAACUUGAUAAAAUCAAACCUAACAGUUCUUUUUUGUGGAAGCCAUCAACCAAAAUAAGUGUUAUAACUGAGGUGCCCAUCUAUGACGAUAGACCAGAGAUGAACUAUGAUGACAAUGUCUUUGAUGACGACUGCUCAAAAUAUAAUACAAAUAAUGAGGAAAAAUCAGUAUCAGAAAAUGAAGGGAAAAAUACAAACUCUUUGGAACUGGACAUAGCAAGCAGUUUUAUUCUAGAAAUGACAGAGCAAAUUGACAGGCGCUUUAGUAGUGGAUCAACCCAGGAAAAUGAGUUACACGAAACAGACAAUCAACAAUCAAUAAAUGAAGUAAACACAAAUUUAAUGAAAAACACUUCUUUCUUGCAUGGAAGUUCCAACAACAGGGAAUAUAUUACAUCCAAUAAGCCUAAACAAAAACCUUUACCACUAAUACCUUACGUGAAUCACAAUCAAUUUUCAUCAAGAACCUCAAACACUCUACCACUUCCUCCAAAGAAUCUAUCUAUUGAUUCUCCACCCCAAUUACCAGAAAAGAAACCCAAAACUUCAAUAGAUGGAAUUGAUUCAAAUGCCCCUGCGAUUCCACCACCGCAUACAAAACCAACAGUAACUCGCACACCAUCACAGGAAGCUUGGCUGAGUAAAUGUAAGCAGAUUUUAGAAAUACCUCCGCCCUUACGAAGCCGAGAAGGUUCUCGUGAAGAACUUAUUUCAAGUUCACAAUCUUUAACAGUCUCAAUAAGUGAGCAACAAAGGAGUCUCGGUGAUAAAAGGUUUUCUGUAUCGCAAAUUGAACUGCAGAGACGAAUUAGUGAAAUGAACUUAUCUAACAAAAGAAACAGUUUGCCCUCUAGUAGGUUUAUUCCUACCAGUUACACUGUGUCUGAGGAUCAUUACUCAUCCAUACAAAACUUGAAGAAUGAUGUGGAGGAUCAAGGUGCUUAUGAAUCUAUCGGCGAGAACAACUACGCAGAGAUAGAAGAAACAGAGACUCUAGUGGUCAGGAGAGAGGAGGUGGACUCAGCCAGUAAUAUCUACGAUGAUGUCGGAGAAGUAGAGAUGGAGGAUCAUUACGAGGCUAUCAAUUGUCCUCUCGUAGCGGCUCAAGACUCGGACAGUUCAUGUGACCAGAGCAACAGUCUGUACGGGCUCACCAGACCAGCCAGCCAAGGAGGAGGAUACCAGGCAGGAGUUGCGGGAGGAAGUGAUACAAGCGAUGAGUGGAUUGACCUGGACAACUCUGAUGAACAACAGGAGUCUGUCUUUAUAUUUCGAGAGAAGGAGCGCCGCGGGGCAGAGACUUGGAGCAUGAAGGUCCGCAAACAGUGGAGCAGACAGACAGCUGAUGGUGACGAUGGGUCAGAUGAGUCGGUCCCCAGAUCUUACGAGAACAUUGAGCCCCAUGAUGAGACAGCUUACUGUGAUGACUUUGAUGACUCCUUCUCAGACUCAUCGUUUGACCAAGAGACCAUCACUCCUAGUGUUCAGGUGGAAGAGAAAAAGGCGGCCCCGUUGAGUGAAGGUAUAUACGGCCUGAUGAAGCAGGCUGGUCAGAGGAUGCGUAAACAUUGGCCUUUAGGCAAGAGUCUUACACGGAUGGGCAAAACCAAGAGCACUUCUAGUGUCCAAAGUGUGGCCAACCUGGGGCGUCGGGGUUGGUCUUUCAAAAGUAGAGACAAGCCUUCCACAGCCCAGUCUACCUUCUAUCUCAACUCUAAUACUUUGACUAGGACUGACUCUAAAUCUGAGACAAAAGUAGAUCCUCGUAGACUGAGUACAGCUUCAAUGUUGGCUCGACCAACUUCUCCUCCUCCACCACCCCCUAGAAAUUCUGUUGAUGAAAGCAGCAGAAGAAAAUCUGCACUGAAUAGCUCAAACUCUUCGGGAGACAAUGAAGGAUAUAUCGAAGGCCAGCAAAGGUUGUCUCGCAAUGGUCAUGGAAACAGCAUGUGGUACAUUGAAACCAGCACGGACACUGCUUCAGAGCAUGGCUCCAGUCAAGGCUCGGAUCUCAACCUCCGUUUUGCUGAUGAACCUUUGUACCAAUUCUAUGCUGAAAACAUUGCAAAGAUGACAAUGUCAGAGUUGUCUGACAGAGACAGUGAAGGCUAUGAGGAGAUCACUCCUGGAGACCUGAGCAACUCCGUACCCUCCGCCCUAGAUCUGGUGUCUAGCUGUCAACAUCGCUCCUUGUGGUGUGAAGUUCCACUAGUCCGCUAUAGCGGGGUUCUCGAUACGUUGAGCCAAUCCAGAAAGAGGUUGCAGGAGGCAAAGUUUGAAGUGAUGACUUCAGAGGCCUCUUACUUCAAAUCACUCACUGUUUUGGACAAAUUGUUUGCUUCUUGUCCUCUGUUCUGUGAUGAGAACAUUCUGACUCGAGACGAUAAGAUAACACUAUUUGGCAAUGUUGGAAUAGUUCGCAAGUGUUCAGAAAAGCUGUUGUUAGCGUUGCACUCUUGCUGGCAGGAAUGCAUCCUUCUCACUGGCAUCAGUGACGUUGUUUAUGAUCACAUCAAGUCUGAGAGACAAGUCUACAUCAAAUAUUGCACAAACCAGAUCUCAAUGGACCGAACACUUAAAAGACUUAAACAGAACAACAGUAACUUCAGCACAGUGCUGGCCCAGUUAGAGUCAGAACCUCAGUGCCAGUCACUGACUCUCUACUCGUUCCUGAUGUUGCCAAUGCAGAGGAUAACUCGCCUGAGGCUGCUAUAUGAAACCAUCCUGACACUUGUAGAGCCCUCUGAUUCAGAAUACACUUCAGUCCAAAGAACUCUUGAAGUUCUCAAUAAGUGUGUUAGUGAGUGCAACGAGGGAGCCAGGAGUCAAGAAAGGCAUGAAGAGAUGGUCAAAUUGAGCAAACAGCUUGACUUCCCUCCAGAGAUGGCAGUUCCCAUACUGGAGCCUGGCAGUGAUCGCUGGUUGGUCAGGUCUGGUCCCAUGGUGCAGAUCAACCUUGAUGCCAAACAAACAUUCAGCAGACGACUGUCACGCUCCGGCCCCAAACUGACGUUCUUCCUCUUCACAGACCUACUGCUUGUCACAAAAAAGAAGAGUGAGGAGAGCUACCAAGUGCUAGAUCACUGCCAGAGGAGUCUGGUGGAGACAAGAGAGAUUAGAGAUUUCCCUGGAUACAGCCGUAGUCUGCUGGGUCUGACCCUGCUGGAGAACGCGGAGAAGAAGACUGUGGACAUGACGGUGAGUUGUGAGAGUGAGCCAGAACACCAGAGGUGGCUACAAGUGCUGCAGCCCCCACAGUCAGAUCAACCUGGGGAGACUCUGUACGAGGGAUGGGACUGUCCUCAAGUCACGGUGGUGCACGCCUACACACCUCAGCAGCCUGACGAGCUGCCGCUGUCACUGGGUGACGUCGUCAACGUGCUUAGGAAGACUGAAGGUUGGUUCUACGGAGAGAGGACUCGGGACGGUGAGAAAGGUUGGUUCCCUGGAAAUUACUCUAGGGAGAUCGCGUCAAAACAUGUUCGUGCAAGAAAUCUUAAGCAGAGGCACAGACUUUUGCAGCUUACUGCGGACUUUGUUCAGCAGCAACGAAGGGUAAAAAGUUGACUCAGCUAAAUUUCUCCCUGAAACCUAUUUAUCUUAAUUUUAAAACCAUGUUUAAUAUCUGUAAAAUAGCUGUACAUAUCUUAGUGUAAAAUUGUUUAAUUAACGCUGUUGACAUGUGGUUUGUAUAUUUGCUGUAGAGUACUUUAACUGAACUAGUCAACAAUAUUAUGUUUUGUUAAGUGUUAUUUUAGUCUAUCAAAAUAUGUUGAAAAUCUGUUAUUGUUGAUUUAAAUGCUUCUGAUCUAUGUUUGUGAUUGUUGACUUUGUAUUGCCAUAAUUUUGACGUUCGAAUGUUGUGCAUUUAGAUAAAAUUUGUUGUACAUUUAUAAAAAUUAAAAAAGUGCCAAAGAAUUGUUAUUUGGACAAUGAUAUGCAUUUUUAGGUAUCACUAAUUUUGAAAAUGUCACAUUUAAGUAUGUUAAAAUAUUUCCACUUUUUAUUAUUGGUCUAUGAUUGCAUUAAAUAAUUGAUUGGUGUACCCAUUUUGGGAGACCAUUGUAUGUAUUAUAUUAUUUGUUUAGGUAUGAAACUAAUUUUUCAAUAUUUAUCCUAAAAGGAAAAAAAAUGUAUUGUAUGAUAACAGUAAAUCUCGCCUUAUAUUGAGAGUUAUUUUGCGCUAAUCGGUAAAGUCACUUACCAUACUGAUCUAAUCCUGUAACUAAUUGAAGUUAUUUUUUUAAUUAAAAAUGUUUAUGGUUACUGAAUGAUAGCAAAAUACCGAUUCUUUGAUAAAAUAUAUACCGUUUUAUACAAUUAAUUAUGCAUAAGGAUAAUUUUCUGAAUUCAAGUAAGUUAUUUAACAUGUCUAUCUCAUCAAUAGGAAAUAAGUGAGAGAGAGUUUGUACUUAUUUUUGUAAUAUUUCCUGUAAACAUAAUACUGAACUACAUUCCAUUGAUUACUUUUGUAUACAAAUGUGUUGACCAAUAUAAUAAAAGUAUUUUUC